UCUUUUUAUCAAAAAAAAGGAAUGAAAUUUUUAAUGGGGUAAAAUUGAAUUCAUAGAAUGAAAAGCGAAUGUUUCAAAGAGUCUGUAGCAUCUUUUAGUUGAAUUUUUCGGAGUUAUGAUGAAUUUUUUGUGAAUUUUAGGCCGUGAGGCAUUGCGAAAACCCAAAUCCUCCUCAGUCAACACCAAUCACCAUCUUUGCUGUAGUUGGACUUGGAACCACGCCUAUGCAUUUACCCUUAGUAACCCCCAGCAUCCUGCCUUGAGAUUCGUGCUUUUUCUUCUGAUCAAUACCUGGCACUCGAGCAAAACAGAGAAGAAAGCAAGAAACGCCAUCAAAGGCUUUGAUCAAAUCCAGCUUCAGCCUUCCUCGGUAAUUGCGGUUUUUUAUUUGCGGGAAACAUCUAGUUUAGGAAGUAGGAUACAAUGGAGGGUGGUGAUGGUGGACAUCAAUUUCUAGACAGUGAUGGGGGUUCAGAUGAUGAAACUUUUGAGAGCUGUCAUGAACAUAAUUACUCUGUGGAAGAUGACAUACCACUGCAGCAUUGCAAUUUUGUAAAUGAUGGUCUGAUUUCAAUGGAACCAUCCGCUGGGAUGAGUUUUCAGUCAUUGGAUGAUGCAAGAGAUUUCUAUUAUGAAUAUGCGAAGCGUACAGGUUUCUCCAUUCGAACAAAUCGAAUCCGACACUCGUUAAAGAACAUGGCUAUAAUAGGCCGGGACUUUGUUUGUUCAAGAGAAGGUUUUCGUGCCGCAAAGCAUACACUUCGAAAAGACAGGGUUCUUCCUCCACGCCCAAUCACAAGAGAAGGGUGCAAAGCCAUGAUAAGGUUGGCAGCAAGGGAUGAGGGAAAAUGGAUAGUUACCAAGUUCAUAAGAGAGCACAACCACAAACUAAUGGCUCAUUCUAAAUUUCCUGGGGAGCUGCCAAUCGUCAAUAUACUCAGCGAGGUAGAGAAGGAUAAAAAAAUUCAGGAUCUAUAUGAUGAGCUCCGGUGUGAAAGAGAGCGAUCUGCAGCAUUCCAACAACAGUUAUGCCUGAUUCUCAAGGACCUUGAGGAACAUGCUGAAUAUAUCUCUGUAAGAGUUGAAGACAUUGUUAAGAGCAUGAAAGAAAUUGAACUUCGUGACCUAUAGCUUUGAAGUCAAGGGAAUGGUGCCAUAUAAUUGAAUUUUGACCGAUUUUGAAAAUUUGAGUAACUGGCUCUGGUUAAAGCUAAACUCCUGUGUUGGCUUAACCAGUUUUGCUGUUGGAAAAUAGCAUGUUGUCAAGAAAGGCAUGCUGGUGAGUGGUGACUUCUUGCUGCUUUUCAAGAAGAUGAUGUAAUGUAUUCUAGUUCAUUAUCUUUUCUUAUUUUAUGGAAAAAUGGCUUCAUUUUGGUUAGGUGUAGUAACAACAUUGCCUGAAAUUUUAAAGAUGAUAUAGUUAGAUUCUUCUCUCA